GCAUCGGCCAGCGCCUCUUUUCAUGUGGAUUUCCCUGUGCUUGCCUUAUGAAGACUCCAUGCCCUUCUUGUCCUGCAGAACGUCAGAUGAGGUCACUGUGAUGUACAGAAGAUGGUGGGACUUCUCAAGAAGCUACUUGAACCGUAGCAGCACUGUAAGGAUGAAGAGAAGAGCCAUGGGAAUAGUUUGGCUCUGGAUUGCCUGUCUUCUUGGCCUGGCAGCUUCUCUAGAAGAAAUUCUUUUGGAUACGACCGGGGAGACAUCCGAGAUUGGCUGGACUGCGCAUCCUCCCGAUGGGUGGGAUGAGGUGAGUGUACUGGAUGACAAGAAGCACCUGAUCCGUACCUUUGAGGUGUGCAACGUUGGGGAUCCAGGCCAGAACAACUGGCUCCGCACGCACUUCAUAGAGCGCCGAGGUGCCCGCCGGGUCCACGUCCGCCUCCGCUUUUCUGUGCGGGACUGUGCCAGCAUGAGAAACGUGGCCUCUUCCUGCAAGGAGACCUUCACGCUUUACUACCACGAAGCAGAGGCUGAUGUGGCCACUCCGGAGCACCCCGAGUGGCACGAGGGACCGUGGACCAAAGUGGAUACAAUCGCAGCCGACGAGAGCUUCUCACAGGUGGACAGUACCGGGAAGGUGGUGAAGAUGAAUGUGAAGGUGCGCAGCUUCGGGCCGCUCUCCAAGUCAGGGUUCUACUUAGCCUUCCAAGACUCAGGGGCUUGCAUGUCCUUGGUGGCCGUCCAGGUCUUCUUUUACAAGUGCCCAGCCGUGUUGAAGGGGUUUGCCUCCUUCCCGGAGACGUUUGCUGGAGGGGAAAGGACGUCGUUGGUGGAGGCGCUGGGGACUUGUGUGGCUGAUGCGGAAGAAGCGAGCACCGCCGGCUCCUCUGGGGUGCGGCUGCAUUGCAAUGGAGAAGGCGAGUGGAUGGUGGCCAUCGGGAGGUGUGCCUGCCGGGCUGGCUAUGAACCUGCGGAUGACGAAAAGGUCUGCAAAGCUUGUACUGCUGGUACUUUCAAGGCAUUCGUGGGAGACAACCCCUGCAGUCCAUGUCCUGCCCACAGCUAUUCUUCCGCACCCGGCUCCAGUGAAUGCGCCUGCUUGGCCCGAUACUACCGUUCGUCUUCAGACACCUCCGAUGCCCCCUGCACCAGUACCCCUUCAGCCCCACGUGACCUUAGCUACGAGAUUCUUGGCUCCAAUGUCCUCCUGACCUGGCGUCUCCCCAAGGACCUGGGUGGCCGAAAGGAUGUUUUCUUCAAUGUCAUCUGCAAGGUGUGCCCGACGGGGUCCCCAGGGCCUUGUGUGCGUUGUGGGGACAGCGUCCAGUUCGAGCCCCGCCAGGUGGGGCUGACGGAGAGCCGAGUGCAAGUCUCCAACCUCCUGGCCCGUGUGCAGUACACCUUUGAGAUUCAGGCCGUCAACCUGGUGACCGAGUUGAGCCCCGAUGUCCCCCAAUUUGCUGCUAUCAACGUUAGCACCAGCCAGUCGGUCCCUUCUGCUGUUCCCAUGAUGCACCUUGUGAGCCGCACCAUGAGCAGCAUCACCUUGUCUUGGCCACAGCCGGACCAGCCAAACGGGAUCAUCCUGGACUAUCAGCUGCGCUACUUCGACAAGUCAGAAGAUGAGGACAACUCCUUCACAGUAACCAGUGAGACGAAUAUGGCUACCAUCUCCAGUCUGAGCCCGGGAAAGAUAUAUGCCUUCCAAGUGCGAGCCCGAACAGCGGUGGGUUAUGGGCCCUACAGUGGGAAGAUGUACUUCCAGACCUUGGUGGGAAGUGAGCGUUCCGUGAUGGUGCAAGACCGACUGCCUCUGAUUGUGGGUUCAGCUCUUGGGGGUUUCGCCUUCCUGGUCAUCGCAGCCAUCGCUAUCCUUGCCAUUGUCUUCAAGAGCAAGCGGCGAGAGACUCCAUAUACAGAUCGCUUGCAGCAGUACAUCAGUGCAAGGGGCCUUGGAGUCAAAUACUACAUUGAUCCUUCCACCUAUGAAGAUCCCAAUGAAGCUAUUCGGGAAUUUGCCAAGGAAAUUGAUGUGUCUUUUGUCAAGAUUGAGGAAGUCAUUGGAUCAGGAGAGUUCGGAGAGGUGUGCUUUGGGCGCCUGAAGCCUCCAGGGAAACGGGAAUACACUGUGGCUAUUAAGACCCUGAAGGCAGGCUACACGGAUGAGCAGCGUCGGGAAUUCCUGAGCGAGGCCAGCAUCAUGGGACAGUUUGAGCACCCAAACGUCAUCCGCCUGGAGGGUGUGGUCACCAAGAGCCGGCCCGUCAUGAUUGUUACAGAAUUCAUGGAGAACGGGUCUCUGGAUUCCUUCCUCCGGCAAAAGGAAGGGCAGUUCAGCGUGCUACAGCUGGUGGGAAUGCUACGGGGGAUAGCGGCCGGCAUGCGUUACCUCUCGGACAUGAAUUACGUCCAUCGGGAUUUGGCUGCCCGAAAUAUCCUAGUCAACAGCAACCUGGUUUGCAAGGUUUCCGAUUUUGGAUUGUCACGGUUUUUGGAGGACGACGCCUCAAACCCCACUUACACAGGAGCCUUGGGUGGCAAGAUCCCAAUUCGCUGGACAGCCCCAGAAGCUAUCCAGUAUCGCAAAUUCACAUCCUCUAGCGACGUCUGGAGCUACGGCAUUGUGAUGUGGGAGGUCAUGUCUUAUGGCGAAAGACCAUAUUGGGACAUGUCAAAUCAAGAUGUUAUUAACGCUAUUGACCAAGAUUACCGCCUUCCACCUCCCCCAGACUGCCCCACCGUCUUGCACCUCCUGAUGCUGGACUGCUGGCAGAAGGAACGGGUCCAGCGGCCCAAAUACGAGCAGAUUGUUAAUGCCUUGGACAAGAUGAUCCGCAAGCCAUCCGCCCUCAAAGCCACAGGCACAGGGAACAGCAGGCCGUCCCAGCACCUGCUGAGCAAUUCGCCUCCCGAUUUCCCAUCCCUCACCAAUGCCCAUGAGUGGCUGGAUGCCAUUAAAAUGGGUCGCUACAAGGAGAACUUUGACCAGGCUGGCCUGACAACCUUUGACGUCAUCUCCCGCAUGACUUUAGAAGACAUCCAGCGCAUCGGCAUCAGCCUGGUCGGUCAUCAGAAGAAGAUCCUCAACAGCAUCCAGCUCAUGCGGGUUCACCUCAAUCAGCUCGAACCUGUCGAGGUCUGACACACGGAGCGUUUUUCCAAGCCUCUUAAAGGACCUGGAGAUUAAACGAACCUUUUGUUGUAAAAGGGAACCAGGGCAGUAACUGCCAGAAAUGCCAAGCACCCGUGGGAGGGUGCGUGAACUGUUACAUGCUGAAUCACAGAUCGGAGCCUUUGAGGUUUCGUGGAUUUUUUUUUUUAAAGAAACUUGAGACAGUACAAAACCUGCAGCAUUUAGACUUGGGUGGAAUUGUACAAUGGGGGUGGGAGUUAUUUCACAGGGUAGAGCUGGAAAGAUAGCUUUGGAGAUAGAAAUCUGCGGCCUGCCCCUUUCAUGCCAACAUCUUACUCCUUGCAAACAUGUCAAUGGAUCCGCAGGUAGGGCCAGGAGUCUCUCAAAGCUGUCUCCUGAGCUGCAGCGGGCCAGACUGUUCCAAGGAAUGCCGACAGCCUGCGUUGACAAAAGAUUCCUAGCUGGAGUUCAGAGGUGGAAUUUGGAAAAAGGGGAGAAGCGAGUGCCACCCUCCAUUCAAGUGGUUGUGGCAGAUUCCAUUGGAUUCCAAGCGGUGGACUUUGGGGGCUUGGAAGAGUGGCAGAAUAGGAAGCAAACUGGGGUGUGGAUUAGGAAGGAAGGGUUGCUGCUUGGAACAUUUUGGACGGACACAGGUAUUUUCUUGGUCUCACAAUCAGGGCAGAGGGACAGUGGCUUUCUAGAUAUCAGGAAAGCGCACAGGUAAGUGUAACAUUGUUUUCCCCAAUGGCUGCCAACGGGUCAGGUCAGUUGAGUUCUGAACAUGGUUUGGAAGGAGAUUUCCUGGAUCUUGAAUCCAAAUCCCCGUGGGCAGACAAGAGGGAUGGAGAGCUUCUCACGGUGAAGGACCGCCAAGUCUGUUUUGAAAGCACCAGGGUUACUUCUUUUGCAGUUUCUGACUGGCUAUUCCAACCACAGGAAAUGAAAUAAAACAUUUGAUGGAGAAA